ACAUUGAUUAGUUUUCUAAUUUACUUAGUAUCCUUCUUAACGGGAAGAUUUUCGUAUUGGUAUCUAAGCUCAAAAUGUCUCCAACUUUUGCUAUAAACACCAGAAACUUUAAAAAAAGUUAAAGGAAACGAACCUCUGCAAAAAAUUUUUUUAAAAAAAAGUUUCAGUAAAAUAAAAUGUUUACGGCUUGGUGAUUGUAGUUGGUAUUAACACAGGGAUUGGUUAUUGGUUAUUGCAAUUACAUAAAUUUUCAGGCUUGUGUGCUCAAAAUAGGCUUAUAAACCUUCGUCACGUAGAAGAGGACAGAUGACACAAUAGGAGAGACAGCACCAAGUAGUACCGCCUCCAAGAGGUACCUUAAUACGGGGAUAUUUCUGUACCGUUAUCUGUCUCGCCAACUACAAUCGCCAAGAUGCCAAAUAGAUUUUAAACUUGCAAAUAUUUUAAAAAAAGCAUGUAGAUGUUGCCUGGGGGUAGCUACGAGUUAUACCUUUCGAGUUGGUCCCUUACUGUGAUGUGUUUUUUAGGUUCUCGCAAACCACUGCCCAAAAGUUUCCAAGACUUGCCGAUUACUCUGCCACAGAUCACGAUAUGGAAAUCUCUUCAACAUUAACACUUCCCUAUUUGAAAUUAUCCGCUCUCCAUUGCUCAAACAUUGCGGAUAUAGAGUGAUCUGUCGCAUCAACUACAAUAGGCAAGAUGACAAAUGGAUUUUAAACAUGCAAUUUUUAGAAAAGAAGAAAAGACCUGUAGAGAUUUGCCUGGGUUUGCAGACUUUUCUUCUUGCAAUGAUAUUCUUCCGACUGAAUUGCAGCAGUUUAUUUCGAGUGACAUAACAAGGCAUAUACGGGAAAUAAACUUCACUAGCAUAUUCUUAGUGAAUACUUCUGAUUUAGUGAAAGUCAUUGUGCGAUGCAAACAUUUAACUUCACUGACUGUUGUAGAUUGUGGGGUGACAUUUGAUCACAUGCAGCGUAUUCUUGCACAAUGCAAACAGUUGAAAAAGUUGUGUUGGGAUGUGCUCGCCACUGUGGGUGAAGAGAGUGACACGUCAGAACUGUCCAGAAGUGUAUUGCAGAUUACAAAGUUGCAUUUUUAUAUAGAUUGCCCUAAGUCCUCAGAAAUUGGAUUCUUUUUGCUCAGACUCUGCCCGGCUGUUUCGGAAGUCUGCUUCAAUUAUACUUCAUUAUUGUCACCUCAUUUACCUUUGAGAACUUGUCAUAAAAAUAUAGUUUAUAAACUCCAUUCGCAUCCUGUUUGUCCAGUAAACAUCAUUCUUGAUGAUUACUUUGAAAAUGUGCGAUCUGUGUAUGACUGCAUCAUGGCUACGAAAUGUUGUCAUUGUCCCAAUCCAGUUGGUUCUCUACAUAUGCCAAUGACUGCUCCUUAUUUACAAGUGGUUGCAAGCGCUGAAGACUAUCCUUCAUUAGCACUUAUUCCCGAAAAAAGUGUUCCAAAACUAGUUUUGUAUUAUUCCAAUAAGAUUUUUUUACGGCAAAAAUUUAAAGACAUUAAAAGAGUUAUUGGAAAGAACUUGACAGUGUUAGCUGUGAAAGAAAUUGAAAUUUUAUCCACAGAAGUUGACACUGAUGACGAAGAGGAAGAUAAAAUUUCAAUGACUGAACUGGUUUCAAAUCUCAUAUCAGAUUGCUGUUCCAUUCAAGUUCUUAUCUUGUCACCCAUUCACUUCAAUGAACCUUUGAAACUUGAUGCACUCCAUUGUUUGACCGGUUUAAGAACUCUGAUAUUAACUUCAUGUGCUUUUAACUGUGAUAGGUCUCUACCUUUUUCUCACACAUCAAAAGUAACCUCCCCUCAGCAAAAGAGCUUUGAGGAGUUAGUACGAAGUAUCAAAGAUGUCGAACAUUUCUCGAUAAUAAAUUGUGAGCAUUGUUGCCCUGGACAUGGUCCAAAAGACAAAGAGCUCUCGGCCAUUUCAAAAUGGAACAGACUGAAAAGUUUGAGUUUAGUGAAUGUGGAAAGCCUCCAGUUUUGCACUUUCUUGAGAGACAUUGCUGUAGAAUGCCCAAAUUUUAAAAGUUUGGAAAUCUUAAACCCAAACUAUAAAAUUGUACACAACUACAUCUCAAAUGUUAUGAGCUUAUUGAUACAUUCCCCUCAACUUAUGCAGCUAUGCAUAAACGUGGAUGUUCUGUGUAUUAAAAAUCAAAGAUUCUGGGAUUCUAUUUCUUCAGCCAAAAAUUUGCAAAGUCUUUGUUUGACACUGAGAGCAUCUGCAAAUUUUUAUCCCAAGCCACUUGCUGAUGCUAUUGAAAAGCUACCAUUGUUACAUGUUUUCCAUUUAAACUCUCCAACUAUUCAUGAAAAUAUUGCUUUAAGAGUUACGAGAAUUAUGAAGAGGCACGGAGUGAAAUACCCUAAAGUUGAAGUGACAACUGUGCCUUCCAUAUCAUCCAAUCAAACUUAUUGUGAUAGUCCACAUAUUUAUAUUGCAUAGUAAUUAUUAUACAGUAUGCUCUCAUUAUCUCUAACUUUGAUAUCUUGAAAACCUUGUUAUAUCAAAAAAUAUAUUUCCACAUAGUGUUAUAUAUCCAACUAAUGUAAAUUUGAAUUCCUAUGUCUAAGAGUUUCUUCUCAAAGUCUUAUUAUGUUAAAUUUUUUCAAAAAGGAAAACGAAUUUUUUCGAAAAAAAGUCUAUGUAAGUUUAUUGUGCGCCAGUUCUUUUCUAAUUAAUGUAUAUUUAUUUUUGUCUUUUUUUAAAAUAAAAUUGUUGUAUUUAGACUUACAA